AUGGCUCAUACAGAAGGCGUGAAGACCCCUCUUUGGAGGAAGGAGGUGGAGGAGCCUGAGGCCAGGGAGGAGGAGCUGGAGGACGAUUCGGAGUCGUCGUCGUCGUCCUCGGAGGUGGAGGAGAAGGCGGACCCGGAGAGUCCGACGGAGACCGAGGAGGACCCUAGAGAAGCCGACCAGCGCGAGGCUCGCUCGGUGUCCUAUUGCCCGCUGCGCCAGGAGCCCAGUAACCAGCAGGUGGCGCUGCUGCGACGCUCGGACAGCGGCUUCUGGGGCUGGCUCAGCCCGUUCGCGCUGCUGGGUGGCCUGGCGGCCCCCGCGGACAGGAAGCGGGGUGCUCCGGAGGAACCGUGCGUGUUGGAGACUCGGCGGCGGCCACCGCGCCGCGGGGGCUGUGCCCGUUGUGAGAUCCUUUUCUGCAAGAAAUGCAAGACCCUGCAUACGCACCCGGCCUACGUGGAGCACUGUAUUCUGGAGCACCCUGACCUGGGUAAGGCGGAGGCCGCCGGCAGCUCUGAGCGCGUCUGCUCCCAGCCUCUGCACCCGCAAUGCUCCAAACUCUUCUAUCUCUAGUGCUCUCCACAGAACUGUCCUUUCGCGCCGCCCUCCGUGGCGCCCCCUUCCGGUGAGAAGGUCCACUGUCGGUUCACUGUUCCACCUGCUGUCUCACCGAACUACAACAGAACCUAGGCCCUUCUCCCCAGGCAGAACCCCGCACCUACAGCCCUCCUGACCCCCGCCUCCAACACAGCCUCACCUGCAUCUUUUCAGGUCCUUCCGGCCAGGCGAGCAGAGGCGUCGCCUGGAGGAAAAUAGCCUCGGGGUUCCCUCAGCUCUCUAAGAUAUUGCCUCUUUGCCUCUAACCCCACAAUAAAGUCUCUGAUCAAAGCCGCCUGAGGUGGAGUGGAGUGAUAGAUGGGACCCUCCUUUCUCUCCCCUGAGCGCGGGGUUGGG